AUGUGGAAGAUGUUUACACUCAACAAUUACAAGUGGAUCAACGAACUGCUGCGUCUCGUGUCAGAUUAUAACGCGCACAAGCAUCGCACCAUCGGCAUACAAUCCGCCGACGUAAUUCACGCGAUCGCUGAAAGACUCUUGGACACAGUAUAUAGCGCGAUAAAGAUCGCUGGUCCGCAAAAUUUAAAGGGCGAUUCGGUACGCGUGAGCAAGAUGAUUUUUGAGAAGGAUUACGCGCCUAAUUGGACCACUGAGGUGUUUACAAUCGUUAAGGUGCAGCGUACCAAUCCCAUAACCUAUCUCGAGGACUAUCGCGGAAAAUCCGUCGCUGGAACGUUCUACGAGCACGAGUUGCAUCGCGCUACUCAUCCGAACGUGUAUCUCAUGGAGAAAAUAUGCCAGAAAAGAAAUAAGGUGUACGUCAAGUGA